GGUCCUCGGCAUCCAGGGCCCGCAGGACAAGCCUGCAGGAUAGGCCGCCCGGAAAGUCCCGGGUGUGGGCAGGUCUCCUCGUCCUCGGUGACGUUCUCCUCACUCGCGGUGGGACAGCGAAGGUACAGCGCCGGGGGCACGGCCCGGGCGGCGGGCGGGCGGGAGAAGGCGGAGCGGCCUGCCCGGCGAUCGCCGAGGGCAGCCCGGUGAGGAUCCCGGUGCCCGAGGAGCCCAGCGUCCUGGCUGCGGCCUCCCGGACGCGCGAUGAAGCCCCGGCCCGCGAGGUUCGUGGACAACAGGCUGAAGCAGCGAGUCGUGCAGUACCUCACCAGUAACAGAUGUGGCAAAUAUGUGGACACUGGAGUUUUAGCAUCUGAUUUACAAAGAAUGUACAGUAUAGACUAUGGUCGAAGAAAAAGAAAUGCUUUUAGGAUUCAGGUAGAAAAAGUAUUUAGCGUAAUUACCAGUGAGAAAGAACCUAAGGAUCUAACAGAAUUAGAAGAUGAGCAUCUGGCCAAAAGAGCAAGACAAGGUGAAGAGGAAAACGAGUAUACUGAAAGCUCUUCAGAUCAUGAUUCAAAUAUGGAAGAUUACCCAGAUCCACAGGCGGCAAAUCACAUGAACAGCUCCCUGCUCUCCUUAUAUCGGAAAGGACAUCCCGACUCUGCUUCACGGACUCCCGAGAUGGAUCACAGAGAAGCCACCGUCUCGGCCCCACGGACACCUUCCGGAACAGACUCCAUUCCUUCGAAGACCCCUGCCAGGGGUUCAGAGGGAGGGUGGUUUAUUGAUAGAACUCCCGGUGGAAAGAUGGACCUGGCAGGCGAGAAGAGCAAGCACAAGAAGCCAGGAUCUGAGAGAGAGGAUUCCAAAGACGCUUCUCUGCUGGAGAGUAAUGAAAAAAGGAAAGGCAGGCUGAAGCGCAAGGGAAACAAAAGGAAGAAAGACCUUCAGGAAGUAGACGGAGAAAUACAAGAUGUCCUGCAGAGGAAAGCUAAAGCCAAGGGGCUGGAAUUACAGAUCUCCAAGGUGAAAUUUGAAGAUGUUGGAGGCAGCGACACGACAUUAAAAGAAGUCUGCAAGAUGCUCAUCCACAUGCGUCACCCGGAGGUGUACCGCCACCUGGGCGCCACCCCGCCGCGUGGGGUUCUCCUUCACGGGCCGCCGGGCUGCGGGAAGACCUUGCUCGCGCACGCCAUUGCAGGGGAACUGGACCUCCCAAUUCUGAAAGUAGCUGCCACGGAGAUUGUAUCCGGAGUGUCUGGGGAGUCUGAGCAGAAGCUGAGAGAAUUGUUUGAGCAGGCAGUGUCAAAUGCACCCUGUGUCCUCUUUAUUGAUGAAAUUGAUGCCAUUACCCCCAAAAGAGAUGUUGCUUCAAAAGAUAUGGAACGAAGGAUUGUGGCCCAGCUCCUAACCUGCAUGGACGAUCUGAAUACCAUGGCUGCCACCGCUCAGGUCCUAGUCAUUGGAGCCACUAACCGCCCGGACUCAUUAGACCCUGCUUUGAGACGUGCAGGAAGGUUCGACCGAGAAAUAUGCCUGGGUAUCCCAGAUGAAGCAUCCAGGGAAAGAAUACUUCGAACUUUGUGCAGAAAACUAAGACUUCCGGAAACUUUUCAUUUCCACCACUUGGCACACCUCACUCCAGGCUUUGUUGGCGCUGACCUGAUGGCGCUCUGCCGAGAGGCAGCCAUGUGUGCGGUCAGUAGGGUCCUGAUGAAGCUGCCCGAGCCGCGGGCCGACCCUGAGAUGGAACCUUUGCUCUCCAGAGGAGGCCGGGGAGACGGGAUCGGAACGAAGCCCGCUUCCGAAGCACAGGAGCUUUCCCCGCAGGUGCCGAACCUGUCCUUCGUGUCGGCCGCCCAGCAAGCGUCGGAUGAAUUGCAAAGGCUGCUGGUGUUGCUGCGAAACCAGGACCCCCUCUCAGAGGAGCGGCUGCAAGGGCUGCGCAUUGAACUGAAUGACUUCAUUGUUGCUCUGUCCUCCGUCCAGCCCUCGGCCAAAAGGGAGGGCUUUGUCACUGUCCCCAAUGUGACUUGGGCAGACAUCGGUGCCCUGGAAGAUGUCAGAGAGGAGCUCACCAUGGCCAUCCUGGCACCGGUACGUAACCCCGAUCAGUUCAGAGCCCUCGGAUUGGUGACCCCAGCUGGAGUCCUCCUGGCGGGCCCGCCCGGCUGCGGGAAAACGCUGCUGGCCAAGGCGGUUGCAAAUGAGUCCGGACUGAACUUUAUAUCUGUCAAGGGCCCCGAAUUGCUAAAUAUGUACGUUGGUGAGAGUGAGCGUGCAGUACGACAGGUGUUCCAGCGAGCCAAGAACUCCGCGCCCUGUGUCAUAUUCUUCGACGAAGUGGACGCCCUGUGCCCUCGAAGGUCAGACCGAGAGACGGGGGCGAGCGUGCGCGUGGUGAACCAGCUGCUCACUGAGAUGGACGGGCUGGAAGCGCGGCAGCAGGUUUUUAUCAUGGCGGCCACCAACCGGCCAGCGGUGGGACUUGGGCUGACUUCUUCACUGCGGAUGUGAGAAUUAUCUUGACUCCAAAGACUCCAUCUGUGCCACAUCGAGGUGGGGAGCCACUUAGCAAGCUGGAGCAGUACUCCCAGGGCGAGAAGUUAGUGUUCUCAGCAGCUGAUGGCUGGGGUGUGGAAGUGUCAUCAGUUGACAGGACCUGUUAAUGGACUGGCUGUGGACGUGAGUGAGUGGAGCCCGGUCACGCCUCCAGGUCUCGGCCGGAAAGACUGGAAGGAUGAGCUGGCCUCAACCAAGGCAGGAGAGAGCAUGGUUGCCCCGUUUGGGGAGGACAUGGGAGAAGAUCGGGGCGUGUGUGAAGUGUGUCACGUCCAAGAUGGCUCUCUGUCACAGGGAGGUGCCGGUGUGCGCCUGCUUCUCACUUUCUACAACGCCCAUUCCUUGCGCUCUUUCCCUUUAGAGGACGAUAGGAGUCCUUUUCCCUUUAUCGUCCUCUAAAGUGUAAGAAGCUGCUUGGUACCUACGAGCUCUAGACACACAGCACUGGAUUUUCUUUGAGAGAUGGUGUAAUGCAUCGAAUUUUGGAAAAGUUUUUGAUAGAGCGGUAGUUUGCCAUCCCAUAGUAAGAUCUGUAUAAAGUGCUUGGUGGGGGUCCUGGCUGGCUCAGUCUGAGGGCCUGCGACUCGAUCUCGAGGUCGUGAGUUCAAGCCCCAUAUUGGGUAUAGAGAUUACUUAAAAAAUAAUAAAAUCUUUAAAAAAAAAUAAAUAAAGUGUUCAGGGUGCUUUUUACUCGAAAUGAAGUAAGUAAUUCCUUAAAAUAAACUAAUAAAUAAAUUUGUAAUAAACUAAAUAUGGUGCUUGUCAGUUAGAGAUAUUAAAUGAUUAUAAAAUUCCUAAACUAAGUGCCUUCUAAUUAUGAUCGGGAUUGUUUACAUCAGGCUUCAUUUUUGAGCAUGCAGCUCUGACUUUUAAUAUCUACUCGUAUAUUCAAGUUAAAAGAUGUUUCCACCAUUUGGUAUUGGCAUAGACACAGACGUACAGAUCAUUGAAACAUGAUAGGACCUACCUAUAAAAUACCUAUAAAAAUAUUCCCCCACGUAUCUGGAUGAUUAGUUUUUGGGGGGUGGUUGUUGUUGUUGUUGUUUCCUGCUGCAAAAAGCUUUCCUGUUUCCAUUUGGUCCGUGGCUUGGGAGCAGGCUCCGGGGUGUUGCAAAGCUGCCUGGUGGCCACAGAGAGAGGCUCGGGCACCAGCCCUGGCAUCCGGGGGCUGCCGGAGGGGCCCCUCACGGGCUGCUGGGCUCCAGAGACCCCGAGUCAUGCUGGGGGGUGAGCCUUUCCAAGAGAUGCCGGCCUCGCCCAGCCUGGGGAGGGGGGCAGCCGGCCUGCGGAGGUGAGUCAGGGGGUCGCCCAUCUUCCUGAUGAGCUUCACCUCCGUCUAGGAAGUGCUUCUCCUGGAAGUCACGGCGCUGGGGGUCUGCGCGGGCCAGACCCAGGGCGUGUAGAUCCAAACGGGCCUGGUCCAGACCAGGGCGGCUUCCGUGGCAUCCAGGCUUUCACCCCCUCAUCCCGGCACCUCUUCUGCACGUCUCGGAAGAGGGCGCGGCUGCUGUGCUGGUUUCGCACCUUCAAGAGACGCUCAGCACCCUCCCGCUUCUCCUUAGCCAACUCGUGGGAGAAGCGGUCCACACCCUCCAGAGCCACAUCCUCCCGGUGGAAAUAGGAGCCCAGAGAGAGGGAGGGGUAGGCGGCCCACGGGUGCGCGUGGACCAGGACGUUGACGGCGGCCUCCACCUCGGUGGGAUAAUUCUGACGAACCUGGCAGCUCGUGGUUGAUCGGUAACGAGGAGCUGAGUUCAGAAUAGGGUGUUGUCCGGUCCCGGAGGCAGAGGGUCUGGAUAAUUGGGUUUUUAUAGAACACGAAGGCCAUGCAGUAGAGAAAGAAUAGUGUUUUAAACAAAUAGUGCUGGGACAGUGAGAUAUGUGGGAAAAAUAACCUUUAACCUGUUAGAAGCCACAUGAAAAAUUAACGCAAAAUGGAUCAAAGACCAAUGAAAAGUCACAUCUGUAAAACUCCUGGAAGGAGGCAGAGGAGAAGUGUUUUCUACCUUGGACUAAGCAAAGAUCUUUUAGGUAUGACAUCAGCACAAUGUUUUAGAGCAAAAGGAUAAAUUGAACUGCUCUUCACAAGGACAAGACACGCAGACGUGGAGGCAACAUUUACAGAAUGUGUCUCUGAUGAAGGAUCUGUAUCUGCAGCACGCGAUGGAUUCCCAAAACUUAGCA